GCAGCAGCGCCCUCUAGUGUCGGGCCGCAGUAUGAGCCUCCUCCUGAUUGGCUGAGCGGUUGUCAGGACUGUUUACAGGAAACAUGGCUUCUCGGUCUGUUGGAGAGCUUCAAGAAAUGGAAGUGGACCGGAGGGGAGAGUCUGAGGAGUCUGGUGAUGAUGAGACCAGGAGGAGGAGUAUCAAUGGCGAUGUGGACCCCAAUCAGCCCACUACAACAAGUAAAGAAGAGUCUCCUGUUGACAUGGACACCAUAACCUUGGACCCAGAGGAAGAGGAUGUUGAUCUUGUUCAUUGUCGCAUUGGGAAGAUUGAAGGAUUGGAGGUGCUACAGAAGGCUAAAACACUCUCCUUACGACAGAAUCUCAUUAAAAAGAUAGAAAACCUUGACAGUUUGACCUCACUGCGAGAACUAGAUCUCUAUGACAAUCAGAUCCGUAAACUGGAGAACCUGCACCAACUCACAGAGCUGGAGCAGCUGGACAUGUCCUUCAACAUGCUGAGGAAGGUGGAGGGUUUGGAGCAGUUGACUCAGUUGAAGAAACUUUUCCUGCUUCACAACAAAAUUAGCAGCAUUUCCAACCUGGAACACUUCACAGGCCUGGAGAUGCUGGAGCUGGGCUCUAAUCGAAUCCGGGUCAUAGAGAACCUGGAUACACUUUCGUCUUUGCAAAGUUUGUUUCUUGGCACCAAUAAAAUAACUAAGCUUCAGAAUCUGGAGGGUUUACACAACCUUACUGUUUUAAGCAUUCAGAGUAACCGGAUUACUAAAAUUGAGGGUCUACAGAACCUUGUCAGUCUGAGAGAGCUCUAUCUGAGCCACAAUGGCAUUGAGGUCAUUGAGGGCUUGGAAAACAAUAAAAAGCUCACAACCCUGGACAUUGCAGCCAAUCGAGUAAAGAAAAUCGAAAACAUCAGCCAUCUGACAGAACUGCAGGAGUUCUGGAUGAACGAUAAUCAGAUAGAUAACUGGUCAGAUCUUGAUGAGUUGAAGAAUGCCAAGUCUCUGGAGACGGUCUAUCUUGAAAGAAACCCUCUACAGAAGGAUCCACAGUACCGGCGAAAGAUCAUGCUGGCGCUGCCCAGUGUACGCCAGAUCGACGCUACCUUCAUCCGCUUCUAAACUGCAGUGUACAGUUCACCUGCCAACUUCAGUGUUCGUCCGCACCACCCUGCCUGCCCUACCCUCAAAACAAACUCCCUUUGGAAACACACUGGCCUCACUGAAUCAUAUAGUCACUCCGUACACAGAUAUACAUUCCAACAUUAAACUCACCCAUGGCUCACUCGACAUACAUGAAUGCAUGUAUGCACUCAUUCACACCUUGAUUAAUGCUAUUGUAUGGAAGCUUAUUUAUUUAUUAAGCUGGAUAUGAACUGUGAAUAUGAUUUUUCCUGAAAGUACCCUAGGCCCAUUUCUUCACUUCUCCUCUGCACUUGGUUUUUCUUUCACUGUUUUGCAUGUGGGACACAGUAUGGAGACCUCUUCUUUCCUCCGUCACACAGUUCCCAUCAGGAAAAUGAUUAUUUAUCACGUUGUUGAAGUUGCACUGCUAUCACGUGUGAGGAAAGGCUGGCAAUUGUUACUAUUUGCGGGGGGAUUGUUGUGAGUUUAUUCUUUUUGGUUGGGCAGGUUGAGACUUCUCACAAGGUACACCGUGGGUGAAGAACAAUUAAAUAUAAACUCUAAAGGGAAAGUCAAUAAUAAAAACCUUAACAAGGUACAAAACUUUACUAAACUUAAAGCCUAACACACGAUAGUGACACCAUGCAGAUUUAAGUUAGUUACAUUAAGGCCACCUCCUUAAAUCUUUAAGAAAAAACUGCAGAUAUUGAUGAAUCAUUUUAAUAAACUGUUAUCUUUACUGAUGAAAGGCCGAUUUUGAUGUCCAGCAGUCUCGUCUAUUCCUUGUCCAGAUAUUUCACAACUCAUAGGACCAUUUCCUGAUCAAUAAGAGUGACCUCUGCAGUAAAAUAAAGCUCAUGAGAAUGUAAAAUCAUUGUCCAUAAACAUGGUUAGUGGUACCUCACCCCCUUUUAUGUAUUUGUUUUUACCUUAAACACAUCACUGAUAACAGCUUUGGUUCUCUUGUUCAUAAAUUUUAUUUUAACUGAUAAAAGUAAAAUGUAGUUUGGUUUUGAAGUGAAGUGACUCAGUAAUGGCAGGGCUAAUGUAAGAUAAAUUAAUUCAUGCUCAGACCAUUUUAAAACACAUUUUGAAGAUUAAGAUUUUCAGAUGUGUAAAGACACUACAGUGACACAUUCUGCAAUGUUCUCAUUUGGCCUUCAGUAUUGAUUCAAAGUAAAUACUCAUUUAUAUCGAAGAUGACCACCUUCAACAAAAACUAUGGGACCUAUUCUAAUGGUCCCACUGUAUAUAAUGCUCGAGUGCACUUGAUUUACUCCCGAUUACAAUUAAAAAGUGAUGCAGUUUUUGUAUGAAAACAAUUUCCCACCUCAGGGCUAAAAGUCACACGUGGACAGAGGCAUCAGAUUUCAGUGCGCUGCUGGGUUUACAUGGACAAUGCUAAACUAAGUGCUUUCUGUGCAACAUAAGAUACUGACCAUUAGAGUCUAAUUCCUUUCACCUGGCUCUAUAGUAAUUGUUAAUAUUGAAUCUCUCUUUGUAGGGAAGAAAACGGUAGUAUGAUAUGCUGGUUUGUAUUAAAGAGAUCUUUAGCUGCUCUUUUUAAAACAAAAUUAAAUUAUAAUCCUUUUAAAUCCAAUUGUUCAUGGUUAGUGAUCUUGAUCAUACCUCAACUGAAGAACAUGUAUGAGCCCAUUUUAGACUAUCAGCAAAACUGAAGGACACUGCAUUAUUGAUAUGAAUGUAAUGUUAUUUUAUAUUCAGCUUUAACUAUAAUUACUUAACAAUUGGCCAGUGGGAUUGGAAGUGUCACUCUGUGUAUUUGUAAAUAUAGUUUGGACAUAUCAUGAUGUAGAAAGUCAGUGCCAUCAUCACCUUCCCUUUGUAAAGUGAUUCCUUUUUUUUCUGGUUUAUGCAGGCAGCACAACAGAUUUGUUUGAGAUACCGUAAUUAAGAUCUUAACUUGACCUUGAUUGGUCGCUGAAUGAGCAAUUAUUCCGAUUGCUAGAUGCUCGUUGUUAGAACUGAUUAUUCAGGUUUUGGACUUGGUUGAAGCUGUUUUCAAACUGAAUGUAUUAUGCAAAUAACAUAAA